GUCGACUUCAAUGCGUUCAGGCGGAGGCGGGCUGCUCCCCUCCACCUGGGCGGGUUUGAUAGGCUGUCUCGGCAAGAGGGUGACAGUAACUGUGACAUGUGCGCGCGUGCGCACACAUAACAGGAGCGCGUGAGCUCAGCGACCGCGGUUGUUAUUACGAAAAAAAAAAAAAUCCAGCGAGGCACAAACCACGGGGCGGGGGUGGUGGUGGUGAAGAGGGAGGAUGUGCGCUUGCGCAGUUUGAGAAGCGGCCGCGAGCCCGAGCCUUUUCUGUAGUGUUCCUUCUCCCCCUCCCCCACCCCAUUAUUCUUCUCUGGCGGAGGCGGGAGACUGGCAGCCGCUUUUCUCCGUCUUCCUCGCGUGUCUCUAAUCCCUUCCCCUCCCUCUGCCCGCCCCCCACGUCCAGUCCGGCCUGAGACAUGGACGAGGAGGUUCUAGUGGAGACGGGAGACGUGACGGGUGACGGCGCCUGGUUCCUCGUGUUGAGCUCCGUGUUCUUGUGUAACCUCCUCAAAAUCCUCCUGCCCUCUUGCUCCUCCAUUAUAUCCAGAUUGCUACAAAAGGAUGCUGAGCAGGAAUCACAAAUGAGAUCUGAAAUUCAGAACAUGAAGCAAGAACUUUCUACCAUUAGUAUGAUGGAUGAAUUUGCUAGAUAUGCCCGACUAGAAAGGAAGAUUAACAAAAUGACUGAUAAACUUAAGACUCAUGUGAAAACACGAACAGCUCAACUAGCCAAAAUAAAGUGGGUAAUAAAUAUUGUAUUCUACAUUUUGCAGGCUGCCUUAAUGAUCUCACUAAUCUGGAAGUAUUACUCUGAACCAGUUACUGUGCUUCCAAGCAAAUGGCUAGCUCCACUAGAACGUUUAGUAGCUUUUCCAACAGGAGUGGCAGGUGGUGUUGGCAUUACUUGUUGGUUGGUGGUUUGUAACAAAGUUGUGGCCAUUAUGCUUCACCCUUUCAGCUGAGAAGGAUUCCUAGUUUCAGCAGACUUCUCAGUUUCUUGUGAAAUACAGCAUCCAUACAUUGUACCAUCUGGAAUGUACAUGCCUAUGAAAAGCAGGCAGGGUUUGGGAUUGAGUAAUAAAGCAUCGAUAAAUCUUAAUACAA